GCCAGCGCCGCAGACGGGGACUUGGAGCCGGAGUGGGCAGGGUGGAGAGGUUGGAACUGACAGGCGGCCCGUCUAACUCAACGGUGGUGAUAACAACCAAAAAGAAAACAAAAGAGACCUGUGAUCACAAUGGCUGACAACUCAGCUUCAAAGCCCAAACGUGGCAAAGCAGCAAAGAAACCCCCCACACACCCCAAGUACUCCGAGAUGAUCAUUGGGGUGAUCAUGGGCUCCACCAGCCGCUCAGGCCUAUCCCGACAAGCCAUCCAAAAGCUGGUCAAGAGCCAGUACAAGCUGGCGGACAACGCGGACAGUCAGAUCAAGCUGUCGCUCGUGAAGCUGGUGACCCGGGGGGUCUUGGAGAAGACGAAAGGUAUUGGUGCCUCGGGGUCCUUCAAGAUCUCCAAGAGUGGGGAGCCCCAGAAGGCGGUUAAGAAGGUGAAGAAGCCAGUGAGGAAGUCCGCCUCGCCCAAGAAGCCGUCCAAGCCCAAGAAGCCAGCCAAAGCCAAGAAGCCAGCCAAACCGUUGGCCAAAGCCAAGAAGGCCAAGGUGCACAAGGCAGUGAAGAAGGUGGCAGGCACGCCCAAAAGCGCAAAGAAAGCAAAGCUGGUGAAAACGAAGGUGGUGAAGGCGAAACCGGUGAAGAGGAAUACCAAGAAGGCAAAAACCGUCAAACCACGAGCCAAAACCAGUGUAAAGAAAAUGGCUUCCAAAAAGAAGUGAAUGAUUUCAUCAAACGAGUAGCGACACAGACUUUAGCCAUUUCUGUAUAUAGUUGUUUUAAUUUUUUUUAUCAAAUUUUGUUUGAUCUUUUACUGGGAUGAAUGCAUAUGAGUAAUGCUAGCAUUGUUGACAUUUGCUAUACUUUGUAGUCAUUUUCAUGUCAUGAUUUUAUGUACAACAUUGGUUAAUUGAGCUUAGCCAUGCAUUGGAAAAUAAAUUUCUUAUGAAUCCAAUUACCGUCCUGAAAUUUCAAAUAAAACAAAAUCAAUGCAA